AGAUGGACUGACGUCACAGCGGGAGGAGAGCCGAAGUGAGUUGAGCCACUUUUCUCUCCAUCCUAGUGAUGAUGGCGUCCCAACACCCAUGAUCAAGCAGAAAAAGAGGAGGAAGAAAGAAAGGAAGAAAGAAAGCGAGGCCCCCCUUUUUUAUGAUCGCGAUGUUUGAUUUUCACUCGAAAUGAUUUAGGGUUACAUUCAUUCUUUUGUUGAUAAUAUGUCCGUAUCAUUGACUUUGUAUUGGAGGUUCGGGUAAGGUGCAUCCAUCCAUCCGUUCAUCCAUCCAUCCACCCAGCGCAGUGGAGGGCACGGGCCGAGCCGAUGGCUGCCGGGGGAGGCGGAGGGGGGUGCGGGGAGUCGGUGGAUCAUUACCGGGCGGAGGUGGAGCGUCUGACGCGCGAGCUUGCGGAGGCGAACCGGGAGAAGGUCCGGGCGGCGGAGUGCGGGCUCGCGGUGCUGGAGGAGAACCAGACCCUCAAACAACAGUAUGCGGAUCUGGAGACCGAGCAGGAGUCCCUCAGACUGGAGCUGGAGCAUCUGCAGGAGGCCUUCAGCCAGGCGUACACCACUCAAAGGAAGGUGGCUGAAGAUGGGGAGACCAACGAGGAGACGUUGCUGCAGGAGUCGGCCACUAAGGAGGCGUAUUACAUGGGCCGCCUGCUGGAGCAGCAAGCCGAGCUGAAGAGCAGCAGAUCACAGGCGUCCUGCACACAGGCCGAGAACGACAGACUCGGCUCCAUCCUACAGGAACUGAGAGAGAGUUAUGAGAUGUUAGAUCUGCAGAGAAGCCGGAUGAGAGAGGAGAUCAGGGAGUAUAAAUUCAGAGAGGCCCGAUUACUGCAAGACUACACCGAACUAGAGGAAGAGAACAUCUCGCUGCAGAAACUGGUAUCCACGCUUAAGCAGAACCAGGUGGAGUAUGAAGGCCUGAAGCAUGAAAUCAAAGUUCUGGAGGAGGAGACAGCCCUGCUUAACAGCCAAUUAGAAGAUGCCCUGCGCCUGAAGGACAUCUCUGACAGCCAAUUGGAGGAGGCUUUGGAUGCUCUGAAAAGUGAGCGAGAACAGAAGAACAUUUUGCGUAAGGAAUUAGCACAACAUCUAACCGUGUGCGACGGGGCUUUCAGCUCAGGCUGCGCUCAUCUGAUCGCCUUCAGCUCGGCGCCACCUAGUGGCAGUGCAACCCCGACAGCCGCCACAUCGCCCAGCAGUGAAGACGGUGGAAAGUGCAAUGGGCUUCUGCUCCAGGGCGCUGCGGGUUCGGUGCUGAACCGACUGAACGGAGAUUUCAGGCCUUCGGGUUUGAGGAAGAGUGAAAUUUUGACCCCUGACCUCUUCAGUGAGCUCAAUGGCCCUGAGAUCCUGAAACUCAGACAGCAGAUUCAGCAGGUGGAACGGGAAAAAGCAUCUUUGCUCAUCAGCUUGCAAGAAUCACAGGCUUUGCUCCGCCACACGCAGGGGGCGCUAACAGAGCAGCACGAGAGGGCCAGUCGCUUGGGCGAGCGCUUUCGGAAACUUCGCCGCCGCAAGGAAAACAAGGAGGAAAAGGAGGACGAAGAAGAAGAGACACCGUGCGUCUCUGGUGGCCAGGAGGGGCCGAGUCUCGAGUUGCUGCAGUCUAAGUACAGGAUGGCCGUGACGGAGGUGGUCGGACUGAAGGCAGAGCUUAAAGAGGUGAAGGAUAGAUAUAAUGAGUGCGUGGAGGCGGGAGCGCGGGCUGAGGAACAGAAGAAGGCGCAGCUUCAGGCGCUCGAGAUGCAAGUGGUGAAGCUUGAGCGCAGUUGCAGGGAAGGCCGGGAGAAGUCGGUGAAUCUUGAACGCGAGCUGCAGGCAGCCAAUAACACGGCGUUAGAGACGCAUGGGAUUCUGGGAACCGCCCAAGAUGAGCUGGCGACAUUCAGCGAGGAGUUAGCGCAACUUUACCACCACGUCUGCCUGUGCAACAACGAGACACCCAACCGCGUUACGCUGGACUACUACCGGCAGGGCAGGACCCCGACGCGCAUUUCCACCGCUGGCCUCAAGGGGCAGGACGACCACCGGGUGCUUUUGACCCCGCGACUCGCACGCCGCCUAGCGGCGAUUAAUGCCGCAACAUCCGCAGAGUCGCGUAGCCCGUCUGACUCGCCAUCCAAAGAACCUCUCACUGCUGAGCAGAGCCCGGUCCGCACGCCAUUGGGUUCGCCCGUCGUUAGUGCCUCUUCCUCGUCAUCAUCCUCAUCCCCAGCGCCCGAGUCGUCCACGGGAUCCGAUCUCCGCCGCGAACCCACUAACAUCCACCAUCUUAACGCUAUCAUCCGCGAUCAGAUCAAGCACUUGCAGAAGGCGGUGGAUCGCUCGCUCAUGCUGUCCCGCCAGAGAGCAGCCGCUAGUGAACUCGCCCCGCUAAUGGAUAAGGACAAAGAGGCUUGCAUGGAGGAGAUUCUCAAACUCAAGUCGCUCCUGAGCACAAAGAGGGAGCAGAUCGCAACCUUGCGUCUUGUGCUGAAAGCCAACAAACAGACGGCGGAGGGGGCCCUGGCCAACCUGAAGAGUAAAUACGAGAACGAGAAGACCAUGGUGACGGAGACCAUGAUGAAGCUGAGGAACGAGCUGAAGGCGCUGAAAGAAGAUGCAGCCACGUUCUCUUCCCUCAGAGCCAUGUUCGCCACACGGUGUGAUGAGUACGUGUCUCAGCUGGACGAGAUGCAGAGACAACUCGCGGCGGCUGAGGACGAGAAAAAGACGUUAAACUCUCUCCUCCGCAUGGCCAUCCAGCAAAAACUCGCCCUCACGCAGAAACUGGAAGACCUGGAGUUCGACCAAGAGCAGACGCACCGGCCCCGCAUGGGAAAAACAACCCGGCUGAGGACCAGCACGCCUAAAGUAAGUGGAACGCCAGUCCCGCCCCUUCCCGACACCCCUUUGACAAUUACCGAAGUCCUUACGGCAGCAGCCGCCAUCACGUCGCCCACAACACCCAACUUUACACCCGCCCCAAACAGCCCACCCUCGCUGGAGGCCCCGUCCUCUCCCGCAUCGUCCUCGUCCUCCUGGACACCGUCAACCACGCCGUAUCGCCACUGGACCACGGGCGUCCGGGCGUACGUCGUCGACCCGCACUCUUCCACACACCUCCCAACUCACAGCUCAAUCCUGGCCCGCCGAUAUGCAAGCGAAUCGCACUAUUCCCCAGGCUCCGCCCCUUCCUCGCCCUACCGAUCCCCCCUUUUGGCAAGUCGCCGCUCCAUGUGGAGCUCGUCCCAAUCUCGCCCCCUUCCCAGCCACUUCCAGCGCUCCACGUCUCGCUACACGCCCCCCUCGUCCACCUACACCCCUUUGUAUCCCAGAAACUACGGUUCCCAGCAUCCCCGCUACUGACGGGUGCCGCAGAGAGGAGGACACACUGGUUUCUGUUUUGAAUGUUUCGCUUUUUUUACUCAGGGAUUUAAAUGGAGCACAAGUGGCCCGGCCUUCUUCAAAAGAGACUGUUGAUCAGUUCUCAGGACGAAAUCUGAUACGCGUGGACUGUUCGAGUACACGUCCGAGAGACAGAUUCAACGGGACAUUACAU